GUAAGAGAAUCUUUAGAACUUGUCUUCUUCUGUGGUUAGUCCCUCACCCUGUAAACCGUUCAACAUGUUACCAAGAGUAAUCAACUAAAAGAAGUGUUUGAAAAUGCACAGAGUAAAGUAUUUUAUUAGAUACUUAACGAAUACUACUAGCAUUUGUAUUUUUAUCUUUUUCGGCCAUAAAAAUUCUAUUCUGACCAUCUUUUUUCCCUUACCUGGUCCAUUUCUUGAUUCCUGUAUGUAUGUAUAUAUAUUGGCCUCCAAUUGCUAAGUAAAUGGAUAUUCCACCAUAGUCACAAUCUCAUCAAGUAGAAACUCCAUUAACAAGAUUGCGUCCUCUUUCUCCUUCUCCUACUUCUCUCAAAUUUUCAAAUCUUUACUUCCUGUCAAAAGAAGAAACUCCAAAGCAUUUUUGCUGUAAAAUCUCAAUGUCUGCCACUUAAAUAUAUAGUACUUGUUAACUUUUCUUCCUCCAAACGUACCAACACUACUCCGUUCUUAUAAUUUCACAUUCAUAAUCAUUUCUUGUGUAAGCCUUCUUGUGGGUUCUUGCAGCAUUAAUGGUGCACUGAGUCUGUGUAAAGUAGUUAAACCACCUUUCCCUGCAAAAUAAAAAUUCGUUUUUUUAAUCUCUUUUUCAGAAAACGUUAAGACAUGGGUCAGGUCAAGUUGAUGUAGUAAAGGUCAGAACCAACGUGAGAGAGAGAAAAAAAAAAAGUUCGUUAGCUUGUGAUACUUGUCACAAGUUUCCUCACUAUAUUUAUAACUACCUUGCUGAAGAGAAAACCCUCAAAACUUCAAAACAAAGAAGAUGUCAAUCUCUUGCACUAGAAACUUCUUUGAAAGAUUCUGCGUCGAAGAAUACAAUAUGGACGCAAGAAAACACAGCAGUUUCCUCUCUGCUGAUCUCUUGCCAUCUCUUGGAGCAAGAAUUAACCAAUCAACCAAGCUUCGCAAACACAUAAUCUCUCCUUUUGAUCCACGUUUCAGGGCAUGGGAGAUGUGGCUGGUCAUUCUUGUCAUUUACUCAGCUUGGAUUUGUCCUUUUGAGUUUGCAUUCAUUACCUACAAGAAAGACGCACUAUUCAUAGUAGACAACAUUGUCAAUGGCUUCUUUGCUAUUGACAUUGUUCUCACCUUCUUCGUUGCCUAUCUAGACAGCCACUCUUAUCUUCUUGUCGACAAUCCUAAGAAAAUAGCUAUAAGGUACCUUUCUACUUGGUUUGCCUUUGAUGUCUGCUCCACAGCUCCAUUCCAGUCACUGAGUCUUCUCUUCAACUACAAUGGAAGCGAAAUAGGAUUCAGAGUUCUUAGCAUGCUCAGGCUCUGGCGUCUCAGACGAGUUAGCUCACUGUUUGCAAGGCUUGAGAAAGACAUCCGCUUCAACUACUUCUGGACACGUUGCACAAAGCUCAUUUCAGUUACACUCUUUGCAGUGCAUUGUGCUGGAUGCUUCAACUACCUCAUAGCAGAACAAUAUCCUGAUCCAACAAAAACAUGGAUAGGAGCUGUGUACCCAAAUUUCAAGGAGGCAAGCCUUUGGAGCAGAUAUGUAACUGCUCUCUACUGGUCAAUUACAACAUUAACAACAACAGGAUAUGGAGACUUACAUGCUGAGAAUCCAAGAGAAAUGUUGUUUGAUGUCUUUUACAUGCUAUUCAACUUGGGAUUCACAUCUUACCUGAUUGGUAACAUGACCAACCUAGUUGUUCACUGGACUAGCCGCACCAGAACCUUUAGAGAUACUGUUAGAGCUGCUUCGGAGUUUGCAUCAAGAAACCAACUCCCACCAAACAUACAAGACCAGAUGUUAUCACACAUUUGCUUGAAGUUCAAGACAGAAGGUCUGAAACAGCAGGAGACUUUGAAUGGUCUGCCUAAAGCGAUCCGGUCAAGCAUUGCAAACUAUCUUUUCCUCCAUAUCCUUCAGAAAGUGUACCUCUUUGAAGGAGUUUCUCGCAACUUCCUCUUUCAGUUGGUUUCAGAUAUUGAUGCUGAGUACUUCCCACCUAGAGAAGAUGUGAUUCUACAGAACGAAGCUCCUACUGACCUUUACAUUCUAGUCUCAGGGGCAGUGGAUUUUACUGCUUACAUUGACGGUGAAAAUCAGGUUCAAGGAAAAGCAGUAGUUGGGGAUGCAUUUGGAGAGAUUGCUGUUUUAUGCUCUACACCACAGCCUUUCACAGUUAGGACAACUGAACUAUCUCAAAUACUACGUGUAAGCAAAAAAUCUCUCAUGAGUGCUAUGAGAGCUCAUGUUGAAGAUGGACGUAUCAUAAUGAACAACCUUUUCAUGAAACUUAGAGGGCAACAGUCAAUAGCAAUUGAUGAUGCAAACAGCCAACCAGACUUCCUCCUCCAGAAGUGGCUUAGUGGUGGUCCAAAGAGAGGAGAAGGUAACACCAGUGGUCAAGGAAAGGGGCACAAAUAUUUACAAAUAAAUGAUUCAGAGAGUAUUGAUUUGGAGUCAACCAGAAGAACUCAAGAACAUAGGGUUGAGAUAGAAGAAGGGGGAAAAGAAAACAAAGAUAUUAAUGGGAAGAGUUGUUCUCAUGCAGAUCUCACUUCAUUUAAGUUUCAUUCACCGGAAACAUAUCCAUAUUGCAAAUUCAGUAAACAAGAAGCUGCUAAGCCGGAAGAUAGGAGAGUUACCAUCCACUUGAAGUCGCAGGGGAAAGAUUUGUCGAAGCUCAUAAUCUUACCUGCUUCCAUGGAAGAUCUUAUGAGACUUGCAGGUGAAAAAUUUGGAGAUAGAAGCUUUACAAUGGUCACCAGUGCUGAAAACGCAGAGAUUGAUGAUGUAAAUGUCAUUAGAGAUGGUGAUCAUCUGUAUUUUUACAUCAGUGAGCUUGAAAGCAUAGACUCUUGACGUGACUUGUAUUAUGAAUGUUAAUUAGCCCUUCCAUAAAGAUGGAGAGUAUGGCCUGUUCUUUUAUCAUUGAUGUAAUUUUGUAAUCCAGUGUUAUAUAAAAAUUAGAUCAUCAAAGAAUAA